UUGACUGCAUGAAAACUCCCGCACCAACCACGCCAGACGCAGAUCACCCUUGCGUCGAGCAUAUGGCGGGGCUUACGCACCACCGAGCACGCGAACUGGUCGUGUGAUGACUUGCCCGAUGCGGCACCCAGCACCGCAAAAUGCUCAAAACAAUGGACAUAAAGCUUGUGUCGACGUUAUCUGUAGGCGAAGAAAGUCCCAGUCCUCAGUCCACAGCUAGCUUUCGGGUCGAGGUUUCUCACCAUGUGGGUGGUCUUUGCCUUCCUACUGGCCACGCCCACGGCAACGCUGCUCAUCGCAUAUGCCACCGCCUACCUCGCGAUCAUGAUGAGCGAUCGCAACUGGUAGACGGCGGAAGGAAGGGAUCAGCUGUUGGACAGCCUACAGCCAAUCUACCGAGGCCGACAGGGCUUCUGUGUAGGGAUUUCUGCGCAUCGAGAUCUUCACAUCGAGCCGGUGCGGAACAGAGGAAUCCCUGCGCGUCCCGCGACGGACAGAGGAUGGGGAAUUUAACGAGAGGCCCGGGUGGGUUGCGGGUGGAGACGGCGGUGGUGUAGUUGUGCUGGGAACGGGGUGUUGGGCGGGAGACGGGUGCGUGAGCAAGUCAGGCUGUGUUUCUGUCGCGAAGAGGGAAGAGGAGCAUGG